AGUACUUGUCUACUCCUUUAACAGCUGGUUGCUGUUAGGAAAGACAAUUAGGACAAUAUGUCAUGCAUUCUUCUUAAUGGGUGUUUGUCGCUUAGUGUUUCAGUCGGCCCUUAAAUGAGCCUCCAGGUGCACACUUGAACUCCUUUACAAAUUUGGCAUCUUUUAUUAAAAGCAAACGUUAAGAAAAUUACUAUUUUAAUUUGUGGAUAAAUCAGAAAUUUGUAAUGGCCUUUAAUAUUGCGGUUGGAUGGCUAAGUUUCUCUGUGUUGAUUCAGAAUUUGUGGGUAAAAUAUAAGCUUAAAGGCUGAAAAUGAUGCAUUUUACUUCUGUCUGUAAGUGAUGCUGAAUUUGUGAAUAUCUCCCAUCUUAAAAUCUUGUUACUUAAAUAGGGAUUUUAAUUUGAUGUUAUGUAUGUUAUAAGUGAUUACUUAAAGUACUGUCAUCUAUUCACAGACAAAGCUGAGGUUAUUCAACAGUGAUCACAUUAACUGGAAGCACAGUAAGAGAUCUUGAUCAUUGAAACGAGGAAGGGACAGCCUAUGGUCAAGUCAACUCAUUAAUAGUACUGGGGAUAAGAGUGCACCCGACGAAUAACCUCAUCCGUCGUGUGUGCAGUGUCUGGAGAUGACAACAAAGAGAAAACUUAUUGGCCGCCUGGUGCCCUGCCGAUGUUUCCGGGGUGAAGAAGAGGUCAUCUCAGUUUUGGAUUAUUCCCACUGCAGCCUUCAACAUGUACCAAAGGAGAUUUUCAAUUUUGAACGAUCUUUGGAAGAGCUCUACUUAGAUGCUAAUCAAAUAGAGGAGCUCCCCAAGCAAUUAUUCAACUGCCAAGCUCUCCGUAAACUAAGUGUUCCAGACAAUGAUCUUUCUAAUCUGCCCACCACCAUUGCCAGCCUGGUGAACCUAAGAGAACUAGACAUCAGCAAAAAUGGUAUUCAAGAUUUCCCAGAAAAUAUUAAGUGCUGUAAAUACUUAUCUGUUAUUGAAGCCAGUGUUAAUCCCAUUUCCAAACUUCCAGAUGGAUUCACCCAGCUGUUGAACCUAAUGCAACUCUACCUAAAUGAUGCAUUUCUGGAAUUUCUUCCAGCUAAUUUUGGAAGACUCACCAAGCUUCGCAUUCUGGAGCUGAGAGAAAAUCACCUGAAAACUCUACCAAAGUCAAUGCACAGACUGACACAGAUAGAUCGAUUGGAUCUGGGCAGUAAUGAAUUCACAGAGCUGCCUGAAGUCCUGGAACAGCUACAGAGCCUGAAGGAACUGUGGAUGGAUAAUAACUCAAUACAGAUAUUGCCUGGGCCUCUAGCAAAGUUGAAACAUCUGACAUACUUGGAUAUGUCAAAGAAUAGAAUAGAAACGAUUGAGUCAGAUAUUUCUGGAUGCGAAGGCCUGGAGGACCUCCUGCUUUCAUCCAAUCUGCUGCAACAGCUGCCUGACACCAUAGGAAUAUUGAAAAAACUUACAACGUUGAAGGUGGAUGACAACCAGCUUAAUGUUUUACCCAAUGCAAUUGGAGGUCUUUCUGUCUUGGAGGAGUUUGACUGUAGUUGUAAUGAACUUGAGUCCCUUCCUCACACCAUUGGAUAUCUACAUAACCUCCGAACCUUUGCAGCUGAUGAAAACUUCUUAACAGAACUGCCCAGAGAGAUUGGAAGUUGUAAAAAUGUAACUGUCAUGUCUUUACGAUCAAACAAACUGGAACGGUUGCCUGAAGAGAUUGGACAGAUGCAGAAACUGAAAGUGUUAAAUUUAAGUGAUAACAGGUUGAAGAAUUUGCCAUUCAGUUUUACGAAACUUAAAGAGCUAGCGGCAUUAUGGCUAUCUGAUAAUCAGUCCAAGGCUCUAAUCCCUCUGCAAACUGAGUCUCAUCCAGAAACAAAACAGAGAGUGUUGACAAACUAUAUGUUUCCACAGCAGCCACGCAACGAUGAAGUAGAAUUCCCUUCGGACAGUGAUAGCUUCAAUCCAACUUUGUGGGAAGAACAAAGGCAACAACGGAUGCAGGUCGCUUUUGAGUUUGAAGAGAAAAAGGAAGAAGAAGACGAUUCUGGGAAAGUUAAGGUUGAAAUAAACCUUAAGCGUUAUCCUACCCCGUAUCCAGAAGAUCUGAAAAAUAUGGUGAAGUCUGUUCAGCAUUUGGUGGGAAAACAUAGUCAAGAAGGAUCUGAAGAAAACUCAACAGGCGCCACGAAUAUAGAACAUUCUGCAAAAGAUAAAUACGAGCAUAAGUGGCCUAUAUCUGCAAAGGAAGUUACACUUGAGAGAUCGUUAGGAGAGUCGCCAAAUGAUCUCAGAAUGGGAGAACUGCGGCCUACUCUUAGUGAAACUCCACUAUUCAAACCCAAAGUCGUCUUGUUGGGUAAAGAGAAGAAAGAAUCAACAGAUGAAUCAGAAGGUGACAGGAUCAACAACAGUGGCUCUUCGGCUAGCUACUCGGACUACUCGCCUUCUCAGGGGUCUUCUGCUUCUUCUGGAGUACCUAUUAAAGUCAGCACAUUGCAGUCUGCAGUCAAAGACGGUGUGGCAGCUUCUACUUGGGGAAACAGCAGGUUAACACAGACAUUUCAACAAAACAUUGAAGCAAAGCCCUUACUCAGCCAGAGGGAGGCAGCAUCGACAGCAAGUCUACAACAACGUACUGAGAGGCGUCCCGUGAAUGAAACUUUUUCUGAUAAGUGGAAUGAUAAUUCACAUUAUGAUAAUACAGGCUUUGUUGCAGAAGAAAGCACUUCAGUCUUAGAAAAUCCAGUUGCCAACCCCUUAAUAAGCACAAAAUCAAGGAGCACGUCUGCCCAUGGGCGUAGGCCAUUAAUGAGACAGGACAGAAUUAUAGGAAUGCCACUGGAAUUAGAACAGUCAAUGCAUACUGUACAUAGUAUCAGAAGUACUCCAGAAACUGAAGUGCCUCCAAGUAAUCCUUGGCAAAACUGGACUAGGACCCCUAGUCCGUUUGAGGAUAGGACAGCAUUUCCAUCAAAGUUGGAUAGUACCCCUUUCAGCAGCCCUAUUCCUGAUAGGAAAGAUCCAGAACAACAGUCAGUGCAUGGAAUUACCGAACUGCCCAGCCCUUUUACAUCAGGUGCUCCAUGGAGUUUUCUCAACUCUAGGGAAUCCAAUUUAAAUCAAAGUCAUGCAGAUAAAUUCUCACACAUCUGCAGACCCGAGUCUGCCAAGAGUGCUAUUAUCACCAGUAAAAGUACAGAAAGACUUGCCCCAAUGAUGAGAUCAGUUAAAGCUGGCCAGUUUAAGAAAUCCCAAAGCAUUGAUGAAAUUGACAUUGGGGCCUUCAAAAUUUAUAACAUACCGCUGGACAGUUAUGGCUCUAGCUCAGAAAACCCCGGUAGCAUUGAUAUACCGGAACAAAUGCCAACGCAAGAACAAGGUAUGUCACGCAGCCUUUCUGCUCCAAUGUUGGAUGAAGAUUUAUCAGAAACAUACGGAAGUGGAAAGAUAUCUCAAAGGGUUCCAAUUACAAAAAAAGUGUACCAUUUCGACCAAAGUUUCAAUCCUCAAGGUACAAUAAAUGUGAAACCUGAGAGACGAGUAACCACUUCUUUUACACAUAAUGUUGAUUAUGGCGUCCAUCAAAACAAACAUGUUUCAAAAGAUCUCAUUAAUCCACGCUCAUUCAGAGGUUAUCAACCUGUGGAACAUAUGUAUUCAUUCUCCCAACCUUCAGUGAAUGAUGAACCAGCUAAUCCUCGGUUUUCAAGUCAAGCGGAGAGGGCUGGAUACUUGAGAAGGGGAGACUCAUUAGCAACCUCCACAGACAUGGUGUUGCAUCGAAGGGUAAAUGAAGCUCCAGAGCUGCCCCAAAGUGACAGAUAUGUCAGGACACACUUCAGAGGAGUUUUAGAACACCAGAACAGUGCAUCAUUGGUUGAAUCACAGUAUCUCAAAAGGAAUGGAAGAUAUGAAGAAGAUUAUUCAACAUUCCAUGACACAAAAAAUCAGGGUAGGAAUUUCCAAGAUAAACCUCUAACUCAGAGGAGACCUUUGUCUGCAAGAAGCUACAGUACAGAAAGCUAUGGGUUUUCUCAAACCAGACCAGUUUCAGCAAGGCCUACCAUGGCAGCUCUAUUAGAAAAGUUACCUUCAGAUUAUAACAUCAGUAACUACAAUGAAAAGUCUUCAGAGAGCAAUGAUAUAAGGAUCAGGUCUUCACAGUUGAAAGGAGAUGAGAACUCUGCUAAAAUACCUCUAGACUGGAGACAACAACUGCUCAGGCAUAUAGAAGCUAAAAGGUUAGAUAGGACUCCAUCACAACAGAGCAAUGUGCAUGACAGUGAACUGGAGGAUAUAUCUCCCACCAGUCAAUGGAGCACAUAUGCAUUGGGAAGGAGGGAUGUACCACCAGAGAGCAUUGUUAAAAAGCUUCCUGAAUCUUUGCCUAAUGGGCUGAAUUACCCACAGGCAGGUAGCCACCCUCACCAAGGGCAAAGUGCACUAGGGUCUUCACCACAAAGCCUGCAGCAUCGAACCAGGGAGCAGCAAUAUGAAGGAGCUGUAUCGAAGGUGACUCUUCAGCAGUAUCAGAAGCCUUUGCAGAUUGCCAUUUCAUCUUCACAGAACAUUGCCAGUCCUCGAGCAACUCAACCCAGCAGGUGUCUGACAAGUAUUAAACCACAAAAGAGCACAGAAAGCUACCAGGAACAGUUUUGUGUGAGAAUAGAGAAGAACCCUGGUCUUGGCUUCAGUAUAAGUGGCGGAAUAGGUGGACAAGGGAAUCCAUUCAAGCCUUCAGAUAUGGUUGAUGCCAGCUAUCAAAGGAUGAGCAGAAGUCAGCUACAGAUGGUAAAGGGAAAUGGUGGCAUCUUCGUUACUAGAGUACAACCUGAUGGACCAGCAUCCAAUCUGUUACAGCCUGGAGACAAGAUCCUUAAGGCCAAUGGACACAACUUUAUACACAUGGAACAUGAGAAGGCAGUGUCACUUCUUAAAAGUUUCCAGAACACUGUGGAUCUGAUAAUCCAACGUGAGAUUCCAACCUAGAACUUUUUUUCACUAGAAAAAUGUUUAAAUUAAGAUUAAAACCCUUCAUUGCAGCUUCCUAUAAGGAAGGCCAGGCAUUUAUUUUCCAAUUUGUUUUUUUGCCAAUUGCUGGACCAAUGGCAACACUUGUGCCAAACUUAUUAUAAGACAUUAAUCGAUCAUUAUAAUAAUGUUUAGUAUUUUAUCUUCACAAAUUAUCAUUUAUGAGAUUGAUGUUUAUGUAGUGACUUUACAUCCUGUCAGCUAGAGGCUGUGAGAUGGCAGGUCAUUUGGUGCAAACAUUUAAUUAUUACAUAUAAUUAAAUAUAAUUAUAUAAUUAUAUAUAAUUAUAAUAUAUACUAUAUGUAGUAUAUAACAUUCAUUCUCCAAGUUGAUUAAUCAUUAGAUCUGAGCACCAAAAGCACACAUGCUCUUUCGAUAUUGCACCACCAUAAAACACUGCCUCAAUCUUGUAUAUGCCUUUUUUGUAAAAAGCAAAAAUACAUCAACAAAUGCAGCAAAUUAUGUACUGAGAAAUUUAAAGCUAUUUUCUUAUAUAUUAAUAUCUGAAAGAGAAUUUGGACAUGAGAGGGGGGGUUCGACAAAUAAUGUCAUCUGUUUCAUGAAAGCCAAUCAAAAAUACUGGAAUUCCAAGAUGCUUGUAUACCUGGUUAAACAAAGGCAAAAAGUGUCUUCCUGGCUAUUCAAUUGCCUUCUUUUAUAAGAAAUACUUGAAGUCAGGACAGGAGCAAGUUCAAUUUCACUCAUCGUAAAUCCAGAAUUUUUUUUCCAAAAAUAACAACAUAAAAUUAAAAACUAAAAAUGUUGAUGGGGAGACAAUGGGUUAGGGCUCUGAAUAAAACUUUGAACUUUAUCCCUUUUAAACUUCCUUUCCCUUUAAUAUUUAAUGACCAAGAAUUGAAUUUAAGUUGUCUACUACACAAAACAAACUGGUACCAUAAUUUCAUAAGCCCCACAUGUACAGGAGGUAUAUACAUCAGAAUGAUUGGAACUAUACAACUUUCUUCUCCUUUCCCCCAAUCCACAUUAGCACCAGAAAUGUAAAUAUACUUUGUGGAUUUUCAGAUAAACUCCCAUUUAUUAUGAUCUGUAUACAUCCAGGAGAAACAGUGCAAUGCCAAAUCUCAAGCUUGCCUCAUUUCGUGAAGUUCACAAGUUUACUGGAACCAUUCCUGGCUUUCUAAGCAGGAGCAGGCAAUUGCAGAGACAAUGUAGAUAAAAUUAUUAGUUACGUGUAAAUUUCAUGCUGUGCCUCAAGUAUAUUACCUUAAGUAUUACAUUAUUUUAUUUAAAACAUAAAAUACCUUUACUAACAUGUUGUGUUUCAAUGAAUAUUCCUUUAAUUUAUAAUGGUGGAGACUCUAUCAUCAUGUAAGGGUUGGAGUGUCAUUUUCCAUAAUGAACUUUAAGUUUUAAUUUUUAAAAUAUUUUGAAAAAUUGUUUAUUUCUGCUGUAUUGCUUAAUGUUAUGUUUUGAGUCCAGCAGAUGUCUUAAUUGAAACUCUGCUCAAAGGGAUUAAACUAGGGUGAUCAAUGCAUGUCACAGACCUUCGCAGGUCAAUACAUAAUUGAAACUCAAGAUUUUCUGACAGGUGCCAAGUCAUAUUGUUGUAUCUGAGAUUAAAUAAUAAAUGUGCAAUUUUGUGAAAAAAUAAAUUUUGAAACAUCAGGAUAGGAUGAGAUUAAUGUCAGGAAACUGGGGAGUUUUUUUGUGGCGGGUCUAUCAAUAAUUCUGAAUGUAAUCAUUGUGCAUUCAACUUAAUGAAUUAUAAACAAUGUGUACAGGCGAUUUGCAAAACAGACAUUCAAAAUUAACACUUCCAAAAGUUUCCAAUGCCUCAUGACAAGUAGUGAUAUAUUAAACCUUUCCUAUCCUAAAAGGUUUAAAUGGCACCAUUUCUCAGUGGAUCUUGCUUUGAGUCUUGGUACCACUCCAGCAACUAUUGACUGACACUCCAGUGCAAUAAUGAAGGGCUGUGCUUCAAUAUCUGGGGUAGUUUUUCAAAUGUGAUGUUAAACUGAGACCCUGACUGCCUUUCGGAUAUACAUAAAAGAUACUGUGGUGCUGCUUAUGGAGCUAACCCAGCAUCAGUCACUAUUUAUCCAGCAAGUAACAUCACUUAAAACAUAAUAUCCAGUCAUUAUCAGAUUGCUGUAUGCCAAAGCUUGCUGUGCACAAAUUAGUUGACAUUGUUUCUUGCAUUGCAACACUGACUACACUUCAAAUAUACAUUGGAUUGGUUAGAAUGCGUUUUUGGACGUAAGGACAUGAAGGUAUUACAUAAACUGUGAUUAUUUUUACUUUGUCUUUAUUUUGGCAACCAGGUAAUUUAUGAAUGUGCCAAAAGACUUGCAAAUAAAAACAGGGAGGGUUUGGUGGUGGUGCAAGUUGUGUUGGCUUAAUAUUUGCUUAAGAGUGAAAUCAAUCCCUAUCAUUAAGAAUGAAAUGUAAUAAUGAUUUGUUUCCCACAUGACCAAAUCUGCUGUAUACUGUUACCUUCAAUGUGCGAGUCAACUGCAGUUUCAGAUUUGUACUAUUACUGCAGUGGCAAUUAAUUCAUACUGGAACAUCUUUAUUAUUCUGUGCCCACGCACACAACUCCUGAUAAAGUAAAUUUCUACAGCUUUUUGUUUUGCCUUUGCCAUUUUUCUCCAGUUGUCUGAAGAUACAAUGAGCUUAAGUCUACUACCUCAAUUUUAACUCUAGUGUAAGUACACAUCAAAAUGCACUUAAAGGUUAAAAUUACACUAAAAUGUAAUUUUAAAAAACCAUAAUAUAAUACUCAAACUUAAUUGGCUCAAACUACCUUUUUUUUCUGCUUUAAAAUGUGUUCAAACGGAGGUAUGAUUUGAAGCUUCUAACUCUGACAAAACAAUGGUGGAUUUUGUUAUCACAUUUUUUUGUUACUGUUUUAAUAUUGCUGUUGUUAAUGUUCAACUUUUAAAUGAAAAUCAGUUUCAACCAACAUCUUUCUUGGAGUUUGUUAGGAAAUACUGCUAUUUUGAGCAAUACUAACCACAUUAUAAAUGAGGUAUGAUCUGUGCCUGUGACCCACUAUGUAUGGAACUCAACUUCAGUCCUGCCUUGUUGAAAGAUGAAGGCACAGCCUUUCACCACUAGCAGAGUAUAGGAAAAUAAUGGAACAAUUCAUAUUUGUAGAUUUAUUUUUACUGUUUGGAAAUUGUGGUAAGGUUGCUUGCAAAUAACAGUUUCCUGCAGAAGUAUCAAAAGGAAAGGAAGCAGUACCAAGAUCUAACUAAGUCAACAUCCAUUAGAUGGGCUGAUCAAAAAUGGAAAUUCCUAAAGUGAAUGAGGUCGCAUAUCCAUUGAGAAUGAUGAAUACAGGAAUGAUGGAUAGUCAGAAUGCAAGUGACCCAGGGACAUGAGUAUACCGUUUGUUUAGGUAUCAUAGAAUAGAUUGCAUUGUAAAAGUGAACCCUUUAUGUAAAUGCAGCUUUGUUGAUGUACAAAAACUCACAUUUUUGUAUGUGCAAAAUUCAUAAUGGAGAAAAAAUACAGUAAAAUUUAGUCUAAUUGCAGUAUUUUGUAAAUAACUGUCAAUGACAUUUAAAAUAACUUUUAAUCAUUUAGAUUGUGAAUGUAAACAUCUGCUUCUGCAGUCAAAAAUACUUUACUGGACUUGAAAGCUGCUUUAUGUGCAAAAAAGAAAAUACAGGAUUUUACACUUUUUAGUUUCACAGACUAUAGUGAAGUUGGAAAAACUUGUUUGUUCAAAUGCACAUGCAAGUCUAAGCCUUCCAAUUUUAUUUACGUAUUAUGUAUUGACACUAUUUUAUUGGUACAGUGUCUAAUGUGUUCAGAAUGCAUUUUGCAGAUUCUGUAUGUAUAUAUUUGGAGAAAUUUUACCAGAGAUUAAAAAAACCACGCUACUCAUUUCCAAUGUGGGUGCAACUAUAACAGAGCUAUUUUUUGGCUUUGAAAUUCUGGGAAUCUUUUCUGUAUUAAAAAAGUGUUUGAAUAAUG